AUGGGUCCAAGAACCAUGUUCAAAUUUGUAGCUUCAGAUGGAAUCGGGAGUACCCAAAAGAGACAUCAGGCGAGGCGGGCUUGCGAGAAUUGUCGACGGCGGAAGAAAGCUUGUCUUCAUACAGAACCGCCACCGACCUCAAAAUCCAAUACCGCUUUGGACAACAAAGUAGGUGUACGGAGUCCCACUUCGCCGAUUUACGUCUCGGAUGGUACUGUUACCUCUCAACAGCAGGUAAGACAGGAAGCUGAGGCCCAAUCGUCUACCCCAGCGGCAGCUGAGGAGGAAAGCCUUCAUGGUGGCAAAGAUGUGUCUACAUCGAAUGAGGAGACACAUGAGGCUCAAACAGACCUCCCAGCAGGGUCUCCUCGUCAGAUUUCUCGUCGUCAGGAAGACCCAAACUCCAGGUUCAUCGGAGAUCUUAGUCCAGAAGGGAUCUUUCUGGCAGCAACAAGCCCUGAUGCAACUCAAGGUGGCAGUGUAGGGGUAUGGCUCACGACCAAUGCACCGAUGACUUCCUCACACACAUCAGCUCAUACAACACAAUCACCGUCGAACUUGUUCUACGGCACAGGAUCACUGGUUCAACAGGUAUUGGUACCUAUGCUGGAGCAACAAUGUCUAUCAACACUUCCACCACCUGCAAAAGUCACAGCUUUGACGAAAAUAUACUAUGAUAAAGUAUAUCCUAUCCUGCCUAUAGUUGAUGAAGACGACUAUCAAGAUCUUCCUACCUUAGAUCCACAUCGUAUACUCCUACAGCAAGGUAUAUGCUUAGCAGCAUCAAAGAACUUCGCUGCUAGACAGCACCUUGUGUUGGACGAAUCGGGAUCACCUCUGACUUGCAGAGAGUUUGGAGAAAGACUGUCAGGGGCAAUGAGGAUGUCUAUGGAGAUGGGACUGGUCACGAAUAGAGUUGUAAUGAUUCAAGCACUUGGACUGCUCACGCAAUUUGCUGACAACCCUGCUGGCGACGAUUUGUCUUCCCAGUUAUGCUCGCGAGCGAUCCACCACGCACAGUCAAUAGGACUUCACCUCAAGGAGGACCAACUUCCGAACAGCAAAAGACUAUGCUGUUGCAUAUGGGCCAUCGAUAGGUUGAAUGCAGCUCUGUAUGGACGUCCUGUCCUUAUGCACGAGAGAGACUUCCGCGCAGACUUUUCUUCGCACUUCGAAACGCAAGAGCCGGGCUUUCGAUUGUUUCUCCGAGUUAUUGAAUUACUUGACAGAGUUAUUGAAAUCUUCAGACCAGCUAGUAGUGAAGACCCUAUACUUACCUGGGAGUUCCCUUCUUUCGAAGACGUUGUCCUCAAAUGUGGAGUACCUAAUCUAAGCAUGUCAACACUAACUGCCAUCGAGACACUCUACCAUGCGAUUUCAAUCCUCUCUUGCCGAUCCAAAACCUGGGCCGACCCACAACGUUCCAGCACUUCCUUUCUCCGCCAAAGCCUCUCGACUGCAACUUUGAGUUCCACCGUAAUCAACGAACUGCAAGACCACCACCUGACUCUCUUCCCAUUCAUCCCCUACGCCAUGUCGCUCGCCAUGAGCAUCUCAUACCGAGAAAUGCGCCACAGCAAACUGACAUUACACCGCACGAGAGCCCGAAUCCAAUUCCAGACCCUCUGCGACGCUCUCUCGAAACUGGAUGGCAUCUUCUGGUCCGCGUCCGCAACAUCAGAUAUGGGCAAGAAGUUAUUGAGAGAGAUGGAUAGAGUGGUAUCUACAGUUUCCAACAGCUCGGAAAGAAGACUCGAGCAACACUCUGCUCAGAGCACAGAGAAUUCAUCUAUUGCAGCUACAGCAGCUAUGGAUCACACGAUGGCUGAUGACCAGAAUAUGUUGAAUGGAAAUGGAGACGUAACGGCACACACGAUGCAAGAUGUCGAUCCUUCGAUCUUCGAAUCCAUUUCUGAUAUAGACUUGUUUGGCAUGUUUGACCCCGCAUUCGACCUCGACGGUUUUGAUGCUUGCUUGGAAGGGAAUCUCAAUCCGGCAUUACCUACGAAUUUUCAGUGA